AUGGGGGGUCUUGGAUUUAAGCAUGGGGUUACUUGGAACACAGUUCUUCUUGCUAAAUUUGUGUGGGUUGUUUCUUCUAAGCAAGAUAUAUUGUGGGUGAAAUGGAUUGACUCCAUUUACCUUAAGGGGCAGGAUUUUUGGAGCCAUAAAGUCCAGCAGGAUGUGAGUUGGUAUUGGAAGAAGAUAUCUAAUAUGAGAGAUAUUUUUUCUUCUCAGAGCUUGGACGAAGCAGCCAAAAACAACAAGAUUAGUGUGCGAGUUCUCUAUAACAGGUUGCUGAAUACUAGUAAAGUUUAUUUUGCUAAUGUGGUUUGGUGUUCCCUAGCAGUGCCUAAACAUAGAUUUAUCUUUUGGCAAGCUGCUCUUGCUCGCUUGCUCACCCGAGACAAGUUACAGCUGUGCCAUUUGCAUUUAACUUCUGCACUGUGUCCGAUUUGUGAAGAGUUUCAGGAGUCUCAUUCACAUUUGUUUUUUGCUUGUUCUUUCUCUCAUCAACUAAGAUCCAGAAUGGAGAGCUGGCUGGGAAGAGAUGCUUGGCCGAGAAGGUAUGAAGAUUGGCAUUCGUGGAUGAUGGGUAAGCCUAAGGGUCUAUUGGAAAGAGUUGUUGUUGCAUCAUUGGCAGCUGCUGUUUAUUUGAUAUGGAGAAACAGGAACAAAUGUUUGUUUGAGAUGAGCUCUUGGUCUGUUGAUUAUGUUAUUCAACAGAUUAGAUAUUCUGUAAAGGUUAGGCUUACUAGGAUUCCUAAGCUUAAGGUCAAUCAUAGGGAUAUAGCUGUUUUUGAUUACCUGAUGCAAUUGUAA